AGACAUCAUUUAGGCAAAAAAAGUGUGUGUUAGUGGAAAUGGCAGUCAUCACUAGACUUUUUUUACAUUUAAAUAAGAGUUCCAGGACCCUAGCGUGUGAAACGUCAAACGAGUAUGAACAAGUCAGUCAAUUAAAAAAAGAAACAAUAAAAUUUUCACAUGAUGUCAGCACUAAAAUACUCCCAAUCUGCCAUACCUGACCCUUCAGAAAAAGUCUGGGUACAUUUCCUUUUUCCUAACAGUGGUGUGGAGGUUCCAGUAACUGUACAUUCGGGCUGUCUAUAUAAAAGGUGGGAAUUCUCCCAUGUCCCUUUAAAAAUACAGUUGUCAAGCAUGCUGCAUUUCAGUAUUUAUACCUAAUACAUUUAAAAGAUGACAAAAUAGUUUUUAAAGAUGCUAAUAAUAAAAUUGAUGUAAAGAUGGGAGGGGAACCAACCUACAAAGGUUGCACACAGGAACAAAUCUGCUGUGAGGUUUUUGUGCCUCAGGCAAGUGCAGUUCCCAGCAUGUAAAGAGAUGGACUCCCAAAAUUUGCCUUCAGAUUUUCAUCCCAACAUUUAAGGGUGCAAUAGUCUUGGGAUUUGGCUGUCCUAUUUUUGAGAAAGGAGCCACUCACAACAUUUGCAUCUGGAUUGUGAACAUCCAAAGGGUUGUGAGUGUUUAAGUCUUUAGUUACAAUGUACACCCUAUGAGCAAAACGGAUGGAAUGUGAUUGGGAAGAUGUGUGCACAUGGUGAUCAUAAACAGUGCACCUUAGGUGACUAUUAUAUGUAGUACCAUCUGGUCAUGAAUGAAAAAGCACAUCAAACCAUGAAAUAAUCUCUAAACUCGUCCUUUAUUUGGGAAAUAUUUAUCCCAUUGACUCAUUUAAAUCUUUGUGUUAGCAUGAAAUGCUGCAAAGCUGUAUUUUAUACCAAUAUAACCAUUUAGCUUCAGUAUGCUUGUUUUUUGAGCCAGAUUCAAAGGCAGAUAGAAAUGCAUUAAUGGAAAAGUCAUACCCUUGUCUGUACAAUUACUGUAAAGAAAGAGGUUACAACUUCCAGAUGCUGGACCUAAGAUGGGGGCUAAAAGAUGGUGUCAGCAACAAUCACUGCAGGGUUUUACUUCACUUGAAAAUGCUGAAGAAGUGCCAGCAGUUGGGACACCAAACAUUCUUUGUUUUCAUUGGGCAAAAGCAUGACAAUCCUGUCAUCCCAGAAAUCAUAUCAAAGGAAAACUUAAACGCAAUUAAAGACACAAUUGAAAGCAUAAAGCUGGUUGCAAUAAAGCUAAAGCAGAAUAUGCCAAGUAGCUUACUACAUGGUGGCUCAAAAGAGGCAGUUCUGACUGAGAAAACAGAACAGGUAGAUGAUAAUCAGACUGGUGUUACCCAAAAUUUUCUGGGAACUGACAAGUCAUCAAAAGAAAAGACAGUUGAGACCCACCCCAAUAAAGAACCAGAAUCAAAUAUUUCAGAUGAGCAGGAUUUGCCUAAUGUGUCUCCACUCACACAACAUAAACCUGUGGUCGAAUAUGAGAAAGAACUGCAGCUUCUUAAUCAGUGGUACAAACUGGAUGAAAAUUUUGACCCAAGUGUUUACAGGCUUCUACCUAUCAGCUUCGGCACACUAAUAUCUAUGAGACAAGCGUUAGCUGGGGAAAGGAUGGAAUCAACCCCAUCAGCAACAGAUCCCAUGCCUGCUACUUUGAACGCCUGUGCAGUGACUUUCAGAAAAUUGUCAUCACGCACUUCAACAGAAUGACCUGUUCAAAGAAUUUCCCUGGGGGGCUGGAUGCAAGGAAAAGAAAGCAAGUGUAUAGAGGUUAUAGUGAUGAAGAGAUUCUGGAGCACGUCCAGCAUUGUCAAGCACUGAUUUUGAAGCACUGAUUAAGGAGUUUGCCUUGUUGCUGGAAUUCGCUGCAGAGGAGAAAGCACUGUUGCUAAGUCUGGAUGGUGUAGAUGAGUUGUCAGAGGAGUAGGGAGCUGACUUUUCCUGGAUACCCACUGAGCUACCUGAAAAUGUCUAUUUUAUUGUUUCUACAUCUACAGAAUCGAAUUGCUCAUCCUUGAAAACACUGAAACAAAUUACAGUGGAACAAAACGUUCUACAAAUACCUCAUCUUACACCUACAGAAAUAAAUGAAAUGAUCACUUACUGGUUGGAAAGGGACCAUCGAAGACUCUCAAGUUACCAACAGCAACUUUUAAUGGAGGCUUGUGCAGCCUGCCCAUUGCCACUCUAUGUGUUUUGUGCCUUUAAAGAGUCAUAUGUGUGGGCAUCCUUCAGUCCAGAGACAGAGGUGUAUCUCCCGCCAAAUCUUUCUAAAAUGUACUCACAGUUACUGGACAGAAUGGAAAAAAAACAUGGGGAGCAAGUUGUCAAAAGAAUGGCAGCUUACAUCACCCUGUCAAGAAGCAGUAUAGCACUGGAAGAACUACUAGAUUUUUUGUCUCUGGAUGAUGCAGUAAUUCAGGAAAUAACAAAAUACCAAAAGGUGUCCAUUUCAGUGUUCCCCCUAGUGUUAUGGAUGAAACUUCAGGAUGAUCUUGGAGAACAUCUGGUAGAACAAAGAACUGAUAACACUUAUGUUUUCAACUGGGCUCAUUCAUUUCUGAAGCAUAUCUGUAUGGAGAGAUAUCUGAAAGUGUAUGAUUCACAGCUGUCUUUUCAUGCUGCCUUUAAAUAUUAAAUUAAAUUAAUGGAGAUAUCCUAUCUCCUAGAACUGGAAGGGACCUUGAAAGGUCCAGCCCCCUGCCUUCACUAGCAGGACCAAGUACCAAUUUUGCCCCAGAUCCCUAGGUGGCCCCCUCAAGGAUUGAACUCACAACCCUGGGUUUAGUAGGCCAAUGCUCAAACCACUGAGCUAUCCCUCCCCCCUUUGCUGAUUACUACCGAGGGCACAGGCUUCCUCAUGGUCUUGGGAAGUACGGAGAAGUGAUCACUUCCCAGCCUCUGGCCUGGGUUUUGAAGAAAGAAUUCAAAGUCAAUUAUGUUUUCAAUCUUGGUAAACUUUUUGGAACUUCAUAUCACCUGAUCAGAUCUAACAAUAUUCCCCAUUCUGCUAAUAACAGAAUGUCUGUUUAAUUAUGAAUUUCUCUUGCAUAAAGUAUGGGCUUCAUCAGUUAUCAACAUAGAAGAGGAUUUAAAAGCAGCUACCAGUGCUGGGAGGUGAGUUCAUAGUAAUACCUAAUAAAAGCAAUAAUCAUGGAUCUGGAAAGCUACUGAAUCCUGAGCCUCUUUUCUCCUCCAUCCCCCUUCAUGAUUCCAGCAUCACAUCUAGUACGUCUGAACAACAAUAUGACACGUUAGCAAGGACCAGUCUAUUUCACUUGGACAAAUUCAUUUUUAAUCACUAUAACUAGACCUUCACAAUUGGAAAUUUUGGUAACACACUAAGUAUUCCAGUAGCUCUAGAUUUGUUUUACAACCUACUUUUCCAGUUAGCAGUUUUUUAAAAUAUGUACAGGUAAUAAUUAAUAUUUAUUUAGCACCUGUCAUCUCAAAGCAUUUCAGAAACUAUCUCUAGGGAGACAACCAGUUGGUGCAGAGCAACACUGCACAUCAUUGGGGAGGAAAUAUUUUGGCCAAUGACAUUUACCUCUUACUUAACACAUGGGAUCUCCAAUAUCUUCACGUAGUAGGCAGUUUGUAAGAUCUCAUUGUUCAGAUCCUUUCAUAUAUGUAUGCUCUAGUUAUUUAUAAAAAGAGAUGAUAUUUGAGUAUGUAAUAGUACAAGUGGGAUGAAUAAAAAUUGUACCAUAUUAUAUGCCGGCCUGACAUUUGUCAUGAAAAAUUACUUAUCCGAGGCUCAAAAAUCUACUUGCCCACUUUGCCAUGGUGAUUGAUGGUAAUGAAAAAAAUAUCAUCUUACUCACCCAUAAAAAAAUUAUUUGUCAUGGAUGAGUAGAGUUACCAAGGCUGCUGCCUACAUAAUGUGCCUCUGAAAUCUAUUGUACAGAAAAGCUAAAGCCAAUAAAGAACGCUAUCAUGGUACUGUGAGACUAGAUUGAUAGGGAUUUCCCUCUCCACCCUUCCCCCAAACUGAUCACACUGAAAUUCAGAACUAGAAAGCUAAAAGGAACAAAAAAAAUUUUUUUUCAGAUAAAGCCAUUUCUUCUGACACCUAGUUUCAAAAUACCCAACAACGGAAUGUCUCUCGAAAUCUACCUUGUUUGAAGGAAUUGUGCCAAUGCACUGGCUUAAAUAAAGGAGUUAGACUGGAAUUGUUACUAUGUUAAACACAUUGUUACAGUGAAAAGUGAAAGUGAUCUGUUGGAUUAUGUUCUUUAUUAGGCUUUCUAGCCCCUUGAACCUCCAGACCAGCAGGCAAAUGGCUGGAAGGACAUUGUGUUACACUCUUUAGUUACUGAGUCACAGCAAAGGGAUAAGGUGCACUCAUCUGGGUUAACCAUGGGUACCAGUAUUACCUACACCCCACUUUUCAUUUCCAGGACCUCUCCUCUAUGAAAGUGGGGCUUAUAAUGGCUAUAAUUUUCAUGAUCUUCAAGAUAGUUUGAGGUCCUUAUUUCAGUUUAUUGUGGGGGCCCAUACAAUUCCAAAUAAGUAGGUAUGAUUGAAAAUUUUCAGUCAAGAUUGCUUUUCUAUGGAAAAUUGUCAUUUUGACAGAAUUUUUUUGUAUGAAAAGUAUCUUCUUUUUGCUGAAAGUUUCAACUUUUCAUUCAAAACAACAACCAAACCCUAAAACUAAAAAGUUUGUGCAAACAUCAAAAAAUUUUGAAUCAGAAAUGGCACCACAGGGCUUUGCUGUAGUUUGUGUGCCUUGGGCCCUGCUUUCAUCUAUAGGUUAUCAUAUCUCCCAUGAUCCACUGCAGAGACUCAGGAAAAGGGAGACUGGUGCAUCAUGGAAGAUACAGUCCCAGGGAGCCUGGCCCAUAGAGGAGAACAGGGACAUGAGGCACUCAAACAACAACUCCUUUGAGAAAAUGCAGUGGCAUUUCGCAGCUGAAAUUUUCAGUUUUCAGUCAAAAGUUGCCAGUUUUAUUUUUAACUUGGUUUUAUUUAUUUUUUGCCAUAAAGUUAAAAUUUUCCACAGAAAAAAGAAUUCUGACCAGCUCUAUAACUAAGUCAUUACUCACAUAGUUGUAGUUAAUACAUAAUAAAGGCCAGAUUCUGAGACCUUACCCUGAGUAGUACCUUACUCCUUGGGUAAAACCACUGAAAUCAGUAUCUAGCUCUAAGGGCCAGAUUGUUAUAUCCUUACUCAUAUUAAGUGGCACCUUACUCCCUGAGUGGUCCAUUGAUUCCAGUGGGGCUGUUUGUGAAGUAAGGCAGAUGGCAGUACUCAGUGUGAGCAAGACUAUCACAGUUUGGUUUUGUGUGCAUUAAUUUCUGUGCCUUAUGAUUUUAGCAUAAACUUUAUUUGAAGGACUUCCAACAUAAAUGUUCUCUGAUUUGGUUGUGGGUUUUUUUUAAAGUUGUAUGUAUUCAUUAUUUAUUUUAUUUAAUCAUGAUCUCUGUUGGGUACUUGGUUAGAUAGCAAAAAUAAUUAUUCAUCCCAUUUGCAUUUAUAGAAGUGUUGCCCUCUUUUCUUACGAUGUUGUCAAAAGAACUGCAAAGCUGAGUGGAGCUUUGACACCCUAAGAAUGGGUCUUUCAGCCUCAGUCCAACUUUAUUCCCAACAAACAGCAAGAAUGGAAAACAAUGAAAACUGACCUUUUUAAAUGAAACACUAGAAGUGCCCAGGCCCUCUACUGACUUUAUAUAUAAAAGCAAUAUGGUAUUUGAUAGGUUUUUCAUCCACAUGACAAUAUUUUAUUUGAAUCUAUUAAGUGAAGCUCUCAAGUUAUCCAAGAAAGUUUUGCUGAAGGACCCUUGCCAGCUGGCUUCACAGCGUAUAGGCCGUCUACAUCAAAUUGUAGCUGCAGAUAAGCCAGUGGCACCAGGUACCACAUAUGUAUCUAUAUUAUUAAUUUUCGGUUUAACUUUCAUGACUAUUGAAUCUGAGUCUGGUAUUCUCUGUUGAGGAAGUGGAUUUUAAACUGCUUAUAUUUUAAACACAAGUUUAAAAAUACUGAAUAUAAAAAAAAAUAAACAAAGUGACUUUGAGUCAAUAAGGACAUUUUUGUACAAACUGAGGGCUGGUCCACACUAACCCCCCAGUUCGAACUAAGAUACGCAA